GAGAGACUGAGAACUGUUGAAGAAGAGCUUCAUGUGUGUCUUUCUUCAAUUCCUGCCAGGAUAUCAGCUUUGUGUUCAUCUAAACAGGCCCAGGUUUCACACUGAGUUCAGGCAGUGCUGAAAUUGUCACAGAGAUGGCGACUUCGCUGUACUGCUUUAUCCUCUUGGUCUUCACGUCUCUCUCCACCUGGUCUGCUGAGGUAAGGAGUAACAAACAGUUUGUAUGGCUGGACAAUGGAGACUCCUUCAGUAUGCAAUGUUCCACCACUAAGAACGACUCCAAGGGCUUGUACUUAGUCUGGGGACUCCACGAAGAGAAAGAGCUGUUUUACCUGCAUGGUUCCUCUUCCAAACUGACUGUCAACAAAGAUUACCGUGGCAGACUGCAGACAGAAGGAAAGUUGAAGAACAUCAAGAUUAAACUGCCCAACAUGACUGAGGAUGACUCCGGAGUUUACUGGUGCAAGUACCAGAGCACGGACAAUAAGGUUACAGUCAACGGCUCAAUGGUUGUGGUGAACGGUCGACAAUGUCCAAGGGAUACAACAGUAACGUCCAACCUGGUGCUGGUCAGUGCCAUCUCUGCUGGCUCUGUGUUCCUGCUGUGUUUCAUAGUGCUGCUCCUCUGGCUGGUACCCAAGAUGGAGAAGUCUAUGAGAAAGAAAAAGACGCAUGCCAAGCGCAGCGACUCCGUUUAUGAGGACAUGCGCAAGAGCAACAGGGCCCACCAGCCCACCCAGCUGACCAAUCAUUUCCCCUGAAAAUUUUUACAGAAACAGAAAACCUGUCUCUGAUUCUGUUUCUCAGUGCCACAAAAUAUUCUGUCUAGGAAACAUUUAAAGCAGUUUGGUGUUAAUUAACUUGAUGAGUGCUCUUCUACAGAAAAAUGCAAAUUGUAUGUUGUGUCUACUGCUCUGUAAAUGAAUAAGUACUGGGAUAUACAAAUGCACAGAUGGUGGUGUGUGUUGUUCAUAGUCAGCCCUUUUCACACUGUUCUCACUAAACCGUGAAGACCGUGAACAUAACAUGAACAUGGAAUACAUCUAAAAACAUUUCUUUGCACUUUUCCUCCUACCUUUGACUAAUUAUGCACCAGCGCUAUGAAGUGUGUCUGGGACUUUCCAGGCCAGGUCUUUAAAACAUUUAUUCUCAUUUUGAUGGUCACCUUCCCACGCUAAACUGCCUCCCCCAGAUCAGACUAUAAGAAAAACAACAGUAUGUGACUGAAAAAAAUAUGUAUACCACUUUGUGAACGCUUUUUUCCUCUCUAAACUGUGUGAUGACUGCGAUGAACAGUUGAAGUCAUAUUCAAUCAAUUGAGUGUUGUUUAGCAAGACAGGUUUUUACAAUGAGCUGUGUAUCGUUAUACUGCUUUGUGUAAUACCAAAUGUAAAUAUAUAUUAACAUCUUGUCGGAAAGAGUUCAAGCUGAAUGGACAAAAUGCAAUAAUGUUAUAAUAAAAAAUAUAUAUCUGUUUAUCA